GUCGACUUCCACCGAGUAAAGCCGAGCGGAUGAGGAUCAGCUGACCGCGAGGCUCUGGCGUCCUUCCACUGAACACCUUAGCGGACCAAACAGAAUCUCACAACCAAUCGGCACCUGAUCGAUCGAUCGAUCGGACCCAACGCCGACAUGCCGUCGCUUCUGUUCUGCGGGCCGAAGAUGGCUGCGUGCGGGAUAGUGAUCAGCAUCUGGGGCGUCAUCAUGCUGGCCAUGCUGGGCAUCUUCUUCAGCGCCAAGUCGGCCGUGUUGAUCGAGGACGUCCCGUUCACCGAGGAGGACAUACGCAACGAUAAAAACCCUCCUCAGAACAUCUAUGGCCUCUACAACCAGGUCGGCAUCAACUGCUUCAUCGCCGCCGCCAUCUACGUGGCGGUGGGCGCCGUGUCGCUCUGCCAGGUCCGACUCAACAAGCGGCAGGAGUACAUGGUCACAUAGGCGACCUAUGCCCCCCCCCCCGCCGCUCCCUUUAGGACCGACCGGUUGGUUGAGAUUUAACGGAGUCAGAGUAAUUUAUUUGAAAGGUCACGACCUUUGUUGUUUCUUGAUGUACGAGACGUUGAUGUCCUCCUGCUGGUUACUUUCUCAAAGAGGAAAUGAGCUCGUUUAGUGUUUCCUGUGAUCUGUAUGUAAAUGUCCCCAAUGAUCAACGUGUCAUGUGACAUGUCACAUGACAUCACGCCCAUCCAAUGUGUUUGUUGUGACAAGUUAUGGUGGAAACCCUUUGCAAUAAAGUUUGUGUAAAAACCCA